AUGACACAGAGCAAGAGUGGCAUUCGCAAGCCAAACCCUUGGUACGCUUUGAAAGCCUCUGUUGACCCCGAUGUUGAACCUUCUUGCUACACUAUUGCCAAGAAAGAUCCCCGUUGGGUACUCGCCAUGGAAGAUGAAUACAAAACGCUGUUGCGCAAUAAUACUUGGGAUCUUGUACCUCCACCUUUUCAUAAGAACAUUGUGGGAAAUAAAUGGGUUUAUAAGAUUAAGAGACGUCCGGAUGGGUCCAGUGAAAGAUACAAGGCACUAUUGGUGGCGCAAGGGUUUACUCAACAAGCCGGUAUUGACUUUAUUGAGACUUUUAGUCCGGUGGUUAAACCAACCACUAUUUGGUUAAUAAUAUCUCUCGUAGUUCACUAUGGCUGGAAUCUUAGACAACUUGAUGUGAGCAAUGCCUUUUUUCAUGGCUAUCUCAGGGAAGAAGUAUUUAUGGAACAACCUAUGGGUUUCGCAGGUCCAGCAUGA